CUAAAUAUUUUGUUAAUACAAGUGGUGUGGCGUGAAACAACAUCGAAGAUAUGCUAAGUUAAGAAACAUUUGUAAAAAUUGAGAGAGCGGGAGAGUAAACAGUCUUUGCUCAAUGAAUGGCAAUGCUGUUAACAUGGCUUUUGGCUUAAUACGCAUGCAGCCAUACUCAGCACUAGAAGCAACAUUUUGCCGCUCAUAUGCUGUGCGUUUGUCUGUCUGUCUGUCCGUCCGGUUUGGUGUGCUUAACACCGCUUCAAAGGUGUCUUAAAAACUUUUGGUUUAGUUUUAUUUUAAACGUUAAAGCAACCACUUGAGCGAUUUUAAGCAGCGCAGGGCUUACGAGAUCCGAUUGAGUGAAAGAGAGUGAGAGAUUGGCGCGCGCGCGUUUUAUAGAUAUCAAUUUCAUGUGAAAUUUUUAAAUUGAAAUGUUCAUUUGAAAGGAAAUUUGGCACGUAUUUGUAACGGAUCGUCUGAAACGCUCUAAAACGCAUCAAAGCAAAGCAUCAUCCACAAAGAGAAAAAAAUAAUCAUAAAAUAAAAAAAAAAAACAAAUCGAAAUCGUUUAAUUCAACAAAAGAGCAACAACAGUAAUAAAGCAAAAAAAAAAAAAAAGAAAUUACUUUGUCGUUUCUUUGAAGAGGAAACAAAACCACAUUUAUUUGCCGCUGCGGCUGCCACCAAGAUAGUAUAGUGCAACAACAAUAAGACCUCACUACACCGCCAAUAUGAAUUUCAUUGUGAUUGGCAUGUUAAUAAUGCAAGCUGCAAGAUUGGCUUGCGGGACAUGUGUUUUAGAAUCCGAUUUUGGUUUUAUUCUCAAUUGUAACUUCAAAAAAUCUGGACUAUUUCGUGUAAGAAAUUUGGGAGGCCUAAAGGCGCACUUUGGUUUAGGUUUUAGUGUAGGUGAUGAAUUGGGUUUCCCUGAAUCCUUGGGCAAUGUUGAAGGAGGCCGCAGACGUUCAAUUGGUUACAAAAAUGGACCACCACCUUCGAUAGGAGUGCUGCCAGCUAAUCAACAGAUGCUUGGCGUGGUGGGAUCCUUACAGAGCAUGUUGCGCAAACUUCAUGCCUUCUAA